GUAAUCAAAAUGAAAAUUAAAUCAAUUUUGACAAAAAUCAAAAUGCAAAACUCAAUGUUGUUGGAUAAUUAUUAGCUGAUCCAUUGGAUCUGGAUUGAACAAAGAUUGGGCUUCCGGCAGUAGGAGAGUCCACUUUGCUUUGAUUUGCGCUUUGAUGGCAAUCACGCUCGAAAACAAAGAGAAAAAAGCCAAUCAGUCAUUGCCAGGAUUAUAUCUCCAAACGUCGCGAAAGUCAACGAACCAGUCAAAAUCAUGCCCGGAAACUUAGCAUGCGUAGUCGUUGCCGUUGAUGGCAGUGAAGAGAGUAUGGACGCCUUAAGAUGGGCGCUCGACAAUAUCAGGCUCCGAUCAUCUGCUUCCGACUCUACCGAAUCUCCCGGUUACUUCCUCCUCCUCCACGUCCAAUCUCCUCCAACCAUCGCUACUGGCCUCAAUCCCGGCGCCAUACCCUUUGGCGGGCCCAGCGAUCUAGAGGUUCCUGCAUUCACAGCGGCCAUCGAGGCGCACCAGAAGAGAAUCACUGAGGUGAUUUUGAGUUAUGCUCUGCAGAUUUGCUCUGAAAAGAAGGCAAACGUGAAAACGCAAGUUGUGAUUGGGGAUCCGAAGGAAAAAAUUUGUGAAAUAGUUGAAAAUUUGCAUGCUGAUUUGCUUGUGAUGGGGUCCCGUGCUUUUGGCCCUAUUAAAAGAAUAUUUUUGGGAAGUGUAAGCAACUACUGCACCAACCAUGCGCAAUGCCCUGUUAUGAUUAUUAAGAGCAAGGAUACUUCCUCCUAAGCUUAACAAAAUGAUGGUGUUCUUCUGGAUUGGAUUUGUGAUAUGUGUUGGAAUUGCUGUCUUGUUCUAUAUGGGAUUGUUCCAGACUUGCCACUGGGAGAGAAAUUUGUGAGAAGAUAAGCUAAGGUGUCUGCUCUUGUAAAUCCCCCGAUGCCUGUGAGUGGCGUUUGUCUAAAAGUUUCAUAUUCCAUCCCUGUAUGUGCCAUUACUUAUAUCAACUUAUAAUAUCUUUAUGCUACUUAAUAUUUAUUCAUUAAUUUGGUUGUGUUUGUAUUACUGUAUAAAGCCAAAGUAAAUUUGAUUUUUCUUUCUCACCUGUAGAUGGCGCUUCUGGUUUAAGUUACCAUUUCCUAUCUGUUUUUAACUGUAUUGCCAAACUUGUACUUGCCUUUUAGUAUCCUUGAAGUUUUGAGGUCAAAUUUUGUACUUGGUUUUGCUUAUAUCUGUUCUCUGGAGUACUGAGAUUGUAAUGCAGCUUCGGAAGUGAAAAUCAUGAACUUUUGUAUUGAAUUUCGUAGGCAUUGUAGCAUCGACUGUUGUAUUUGAUACCAACCUACUGUUCUUACAAAAAGUCAGAAAGAAAAGAAAAGAAAAGAAAAGCUUGCUUCUUUAUAAAGCAGAUCGGGUACACGAAUAUCAAUGAAAAGGUUAUAUGAUACUUGAAUAUCAUGAAAUACAUGCAGCCAUUUAUAGUAUGGUUGGGAACCAGCUAAGAAAAAUUUAAGUGUUCAUGGGAAAAUCAUUCUAAGCAAAAAAUAAAAAGAAAAUAUCUAGUAGGAAAAUGUUGAUGAUAUUUUGAGAGAAGGAUCCAAAUUCCAUGGUAGGGUUCGUUUUGAAAUUUGACUUGUUGGCUGUUGUAUUCAAAUGGAAUUUACGUCUGUGACAAAGUUUACCACUCUUGCUCCUUUUGGAUAAUUAUUGAUGAAAAGAUAUCAUUCUCUGCUUCACAAGACAACAAAUAGUAAUAUUCUCAACAGGACAGCCUCGUGAGUCGUGAGCUUGCUGCUGGGGAGCUCUUACAAAUCAUUGAGG